AUGGGUCAUAGGUAUCAUCGACGUUUUGCUGGUAGAAUAUCCUAUAUCAAUCAGUGGGUAAAGUAUUCUUUGUGUUUGGCGAAUUUUAUUUUUUUAACUAUUGGAGCAGUAUUUCUUGUUGUCGGUGUGAUUGCAUUUGUCGAGUCUGGAGGUAUACCAUGGAAAUCUAACAUCGGUGCAUUACAGUGGCUUUUCAAUUUGACCGUGAUAUGUAUCGGUUUCGGUGUAAUAACCUUAUUUGUUUCAUCAGCUGGUUUUGUGGGCUCCUUACGUGAAAAUAGUUGCCUUCUGAAAUUUUAUUAUAGUGUCUUAACAAUACUCUUUCUGACAGAAGUUAUUUGCUGCGUAUUAUUCUUUGUGUAUCGUGAUUCAGCCCUACGUAAACUAGAAGAUUUAAUAAGAACUACUUUUUUAACUCAGUAUCGGGAAAUUGGGUUCGAGGAUACGACAAAUUUUAUGGAUUUCAUUCAAAGAGAGCUCAAUUGUUGCGGACCGAAGUCGUACUUAGAUUGGACGGCUAAUCGUUAUUUUUCGUGUAGUAAUUCGAAUGUAAGUCCAGAGGCUUGUGGAGUUCCCUAUUCUUGUUGUCGUCAAAUGAACAAUAUAAACGUUAAUGUGAUCAAUACUUCAUGUGGUUUCGGUGUGCAAAAGUUAACUAGCACAGCAGCUAGUCGUUUGGUAUGGACAACUGGUUGUGUACAAGCCCUUGUCAAUGUGGUAGAAGUUAAUAUAGUUCCUUUUGCUUGUGGAGUUAGUGGUGUAGCUGUAUUACAACUUUUGGCAAUUUUACUCGCAAAAACACUCCAUACACAGAUUAGUGAUCAACUGCGUUUGAUAAAUCAGGUUACAGUUCACAUAUAG